AUGCUGAUAGCCAGAGGGGAGUUCGCAAGUUAUAUUCAAGGCCUGGCGGUAGAACAGAACCUACCGAUGGAGCAAGUGAAGAGGAAUCAGAAGUCGAGCUCCCACAACACGCAACCAGUUCGAAUAAUCAAUGCAAUUCACGGUCGGCCUGAACCCACUGAGGAGUCAGAUGAACUGCUUCGAACACGCCUUCGCCAGGCACAGAUGAAGAGGAUGAUAGGCAGUGUAAACACUCUGCACCAGCAGAGUGCAUCAACACAGAUCAAGUUUGACAGAAACGACCUGUUAUACGUUCAAAUUCCUCACGAGGAUCCUGCGAAUGUUAUGCCGAGGGACACAUUCAAUCGGCUCGAAAUAAAACCCGAGAGGCUCAAGCCCACUGCAAAUCCCUUGCUAGGGUUCGAUGGAAAAUGGGUUGAACCCAUCGGUAAGGUGGAAGUUGCAGUGCAGGCUGUAGAAAGGGUUCUGAUAGAGAGCUUUGUUGUUGUUGAGAUCCACCAAUCUUACAACCUUUUGAUGGGCAGAGGAUGGAUUCACAAAGUUCAGGGUGUUCCCUCAACUCUGCAUCAGGAACCUUCACCCACACAGAAUGGGGAGGAGGAGCCUAUGGACUUAACUGAAGAGCCUCUUGCUGAUGUGCAGAUCUACCAUGACAGAUGGAGUCACUUAGACAUGCCUAGAAUCAGUCCUUCUAUAUCAUGUCAUUCCCUUAACGUUAAUCCGAUCAUGAAACCUGUAAGGCAGAAGCAGAGAAGGUUCGCUCCAGAACGCAAUCAGAUUAUAGCCGAAGAGGUUGAUAGGUUACUUGAUGCAACGUUCAUUAGGGAAGUACAGUACCCAGAAUGA